CAUCACUUCACGCGAGUGAACCUUAUCACAUCUAAUGAAUGAUUGCUAGCUGUCCGCUUCUUUCUCGAUUAGCUAACCUGCAGACAAUGGUGCUAUGUGAUUGCCAGCUCCCAUUCCCGACACAGAGUCAUUGAUUUCAGACGCGCCGCGACUUCUGUGCCUUUCCUCUAGCUUUCACGCAACAUGGCUAGCAACAGCGCGGCCGCUGGCAAUAGCCAGAUGGCACAGUUAGAGGCAGUCCGACAAAUGGCACUGGUAGAUCCAAGCAAUUACAAGUCGGUCUUGACACAGAUCAUUCCCAUCUUCAAGUCGCAAAACAACCCAUCGCCAGCUUUGCGCGCAUGGGGUGCUGACUUCAUUGCUGAAGCCUUCUCUUCGCCUGCAUGGACAGCGCAAGACAAGCAAGAGGUCAGCAUUCCUGCGCUUCCAGUUUUGAGAGAGAUGCUGGAGCUGCCUCCUGGCCAGCAGUCAGUGCCCAUCAGCCAGACAAGCAUGAUCAAGAGUGUAAUCCAGGCAGCUUCAAGCAUUUACCCACAUGUUUUUAGACACAUAAUACGCAACCCGGAUGAUACCGAAUCAUGGCAAAUGAUGUCCGCAAUCAAAUCCAACAUCCUCCGCAGAAUGGAUUCGGAACACCCAGGCGUUAGGAUAUGCUGCAUACGCUUCAUCGAGCGAGUUGUUCAGACUCAAACUCCUGGCGUGAUUGCAGACCCACGAAGACCCGAGACGAACGAGACAUCCCUCGCCCUCGUCCCUCCCGACCAUCCAGUGCUGAAAACUCAGAGUCUGGAAGCUGAAGCACAUGGAUUGCUGGACCGAGCUUUGGGCAUACUACAAGAGAAUCAUAGUGACGCGUUGCUUGUCACAGCAACGCUAAAUGGCUUGGGCGGUCUUAUACGGACACGAGCAACGAUUGCGAAUAGAAUACUCAACGCGGUCAUCAAUUUCAAUCCCUUCCGGCUAGCAAAUUCGCCCAUGACACCAGCAAACAAGCUGAUGAUCAAAUCUAUGGAAAAGACGGUGGUUAUAUUCUUGCAGCACAUUAUGAAGAGGGCACCACAACAUCCAAUGAUGGCAAGGAUGGAGGCACAUAUCAUCCGGUUGCAGCAAAUGCGUAAGGAAAUUUUGGACAAUUCGGGCUUGAAGCGGCCUGCAGAGGAAGCGUCAGAUAUGGCCGAUCCAGCGAAGAGACAAAGAGUAAACGUGCCACCUCCAAUGCCCAUUGGGGUGCCUCCUUUGCCGUCUCAUCGACCAAUCAGUGUGGCGGAACUUUUCACCCUCACAGAUGACCAGCGGGCUUUGAACAUGAAUGUCAAAGCCAUUCCUCCAGACAUGGCAGCUCCUGUGCUAGUAAGCUUAUUGCGCGACCAUGUCAACAGAGAAACUCUACAUCACGCCGUAAACACGGUUCGUACUCGUUAUCAGCAGGUUACAGCACCAAUGCAGCCACCCAUACAGACAGAUACCCCCUUGGAUGACGAAGACGAUUACGAACCAGACUUUUUCCCGACAGAAGAUGCCGAGCAAAUUAAGAAUCGAUUGGAAGCCGAUGCGGAUAUGCCACUUGUGCGAACAGUGCCUGAAUCGGUCGCUGUAUACAGACUACCUAAGCCCCCGCCUAUGAUGCCUGCACAGAUUGACUCGCUAGCCUAUGCUGUGUCUGACCGCAUGUUUGAGAACCUUGCACGGUUAAUGGCGACUAAAGAGCUGCGUGACAACAAAAGAGGCUUCCAGGACUCGGUUCUUCGCGGUUCAAUGGACUUUCAAGCUUACUUCCGUAUGAUUGUCCGUCUAGCCAUACGGCCGUUUGCGAGUCCGGACGGCGAUGUGAAGAACGGAACGACUGGCGACUCCAGUCAAACACCUCUUACAGAUUACGUGCGACAGCGCUUGCUACAAUUUGUCCUCAGUGACUGGCAAAGAAGAAUUGCGUUUGCCGUAACAUGGUUUACAGAAGAGUAUGUUGCCGAAAUAUUCAUACAUUCAUCGCCAAACUCGGAUUCAGAUGGCGCGGUAAAACCCGUGUCCGUGUCAACCGCAAGCAAUUACAAGCGUUGGCUCCUUCGCUUCUUAUCCGACCUCUCGGUGUAUUUAGGAUCGGGCAAGCAAGAUUUGAAAUUUCUCGUUCGAUUUGUGAGCGAGAUACCACUUUUGGAUGAAGAAAUUUUGAAGAAGAUUGCCCAUUUCGCGGAUGAUCCUGAAAGAGUGAGCACAGUGAGCGCAGCUGUGAGAUACCUAGUCAGCUACAGGCCCAGUGUGAGGGAAGCUGCGUUAGAUGCUUUAGAAACCGUAUGGAGAUACGAGGGACACGCGAAAGAGAGUCCGAACGCGAAGAUGCUGACUAAGUUUCGACCGCAAAUGGUGGAAAGAAUUCUCUCGAUGGUGGAGGCAACAGCUUGACUCGUUGACGAAGCCGGACCUGUGGCAUAGUUGUUGAUGUCUCUAGGCAGUACUUACUGUCCCUCUAGAAAGAGGAAUUCUCUCCGAUCACGUGCUGUGCAACGAGCCUCUAUUAGUGUAUUGGACUCGCCCAUCAUUCAUUGCAGAGAAAGCUGUUGCUUCCAUCUUGGUUGCGUGUCUUGACACAGCGCAAGCCGUUGUACUACGUUGCUAGCUGCUUUGCAGUACCUGGCAGUGACGAAAGCUCUUGAACGAGUCAAAUGCACGGUCAUAGUUGGUAGCACAUAUAAUGGCAACGCAUGGCGCAAAAGUUGAUAGUGCAUCCUUUCAUUUUUCGUGCUUGCAGACCCUUAAUCAGCGGGACCUACAAUGUACAGCGGUGGUCAAGGCACACGGCAUUGUGAAUGGGUUUUCCAAGCUGGAUUCCGUAGUUUUCGGCGGCCAGACGCUUUUGCGGCGCGGUUGUUUCUGUGGACAAUCCCGAAGCGUCUGCCUAGGAAAGGAUGGUAAGGCUGAUUGAUCAACAGCAUGGACUUUGUAUUGUCUAUAGAUAAGAGUUCAUACGCACAACUCCGUACCUAAUUUGGCGAAUCCAAC